AUGGUCAGCCACAAUGUACCUCGUGCCACGCAGGCUCGCACACCGGAGCAGCGCCAGCAAGAACUUGAAAAGAUUCGCAAGUAUCAAGAGCUGGAACAAAAGAUGCGCCAAAAGAUGACCACGUCCAAGUACGACGACGAAACCUUCCGGCUAAGCUCAAAACUGCUCCGGCUCAACCCGGAAUACUAUACCAUUUGGAAUGUGCGAAGAAUCUGCUUCGACUCUUCUGUGUUGCCCCAGGAGCCCUGCGGCGAUGGCAGCAACAAAGGUGAGCAGGAAAAUGGCGAGUUGGAAACCGCAGCGCACGGCAAAAGUGCAAGGGUUGAUGAGGACUUGUUUCGUUCCGAACUCGCCUUCACCAUCCCCCUGCUCAUGGAAUUUCCCAAGUGCUACUGGAUCUGGAAGUACCGCCUUUGGAUCCUGCAGCGAGCCAUUGAGAGGCUGCCGGUGACCGCAGCCCGGGCUAUAUGGGAGGACGAGCUGGGCUUGGUAGGCAAGAUGCUUCACAAGGAUCGCAGAAACUUCCAUGCCUGGGGAUAUCGGCGCCAUGUUGUUUCGGAGCUAGAGAGCACCAGCCUCGAGGGCAAGAGCAUGGUGGAGGCGGAAUUUCUCUACACCACCAGAAUGAUCCACAUGGAUCUUUCAAACUUUUCGGCCUGGCACAAUCGUAGCCAGCUGAUACCCCGUCUCCUUGACGAGAGAAACGCCGAUACAGCUUCCAGGAGAGCGUUUCUGGACGAGGAACUUGCAAUGGUACAUGAUGCGCUCAACGUAGGCCCAGAAGACCAAUCCCUGUGGUAUUACCACCAGUCUCUUGUGCAUUCCAUCUCCGGAGCUACCCGUCAUGGCCCAAUCGUACGGGUCUUGUCGGUGGAAGAACGCCGGCAAUACCUGCAGCGGGAGGUGGACUUCAUGCAAGACCUCGUUGAGGACUAUUCGGAUGUGAAAUGGAUCUACCAAGCCCUGGUGCAAUGCACGCUGGCUGUUGACCCGUUGCGGAACCAUGAGCCGAAGGAGGCGGAUAGGCAGCUUCUAGGCCAAUGGUUGCAGCGGUUGAGGGAACUAGACACGCAGCGCAGGGGCCGAUGGGAUGAACUGCAACAGCAUAUCGGUAUCGCCUCCCCAUCGGUAGACUUUGGGAGAUAUCUUGCCGACUGA